ACAGACAUAAGCGAGCCCUUUCUUCAUACCAUCAAAUGCUCUGACUGUAAUUUAUAUAUCGAUAUUCGUACCUUGAAUAAUCAUCAAUGCGAAAAAUGUAAGAUGAUUCUAUUUUGACAAGUUAUUGAAAAAGCUGUAUCAUGCUGACAAAGUCCAAUUCAUCUAUAGCAAAAAUUCCUGUAUUCAACAGUAGAAAAGCUGGCCAUGGCGGCGGUAGUAUUAGACGAAACGACAAGACGGAUAUCGAGCAUACGACGAUUCAGAGGAGAUUGAAAGAAAAGGCCGGCACCAAUGCAUUCAAUAUCGGCAUGAAAAAGAUACUGCAAAAAAUGAAAGGCAAUGAGCACCAAGAGCCUUGCCUCACUAUCAAUGAUAGAGAUACAGCAGCCUCUUUCUUGUCUAGUCGACUAUCACCUACAUUAUCCACGUUUACAAUGUCUACUGCUUCAACCUCUUCCGUGACAACUCCUAGAUCAUCAAAUAAUGACAAUUGCUAUCGAUAUGACAGCCAUUUCUCUGACCGAUAUGAUCCAGAUUUCAAUUAUUUCAAAUUGCAAGGAAGAAACAAAGAGCUUUUUGCUGACAAUAGCAAGAAAAAAAAUGAACUAGACGAUAUCUACAGCGAACUACUUUUAACAAUGAACAUGAAAGAAGACAUGUGCUCAUUAUGUUAUCAGAUUAUCUCAAUGAACGACGAGUCAGUCAAAGAUCUCAAGUCUAGAAAACUCUAUCACAAAUCAUGCUUCUGCUGCACUUUGUGUCGUAUUCCACUGUCAAGUGCAUCUGCCUGUGAAUUCAACAAUAAGCUUUUCUGCCCCAGAGAUUAUCAAGUCAUGAACGCAAGGUAAAGUACACUCUCUCAUCCCUACACUGUGAUCACUAUCGCUCGAUGGCAUAACGAAACUCAUGGUAUCUGAAUGCGUGUCGUCCAUAGAGCGUUGAAAAACAAAACCAUGCCAAAAAUGUGCUUUCAUUGCAAAAGAGAACUCAAAGAGGGAGAGGCUUUCAAGACGUACAAGAAUCGCAUUUAUUGCCAUGAUGAUUUCGUUCAGUUAUUUG